AUGGCUGCACAGCUCUAUGAAAAGCCCGCCACCUUGCUGCAUCCUUCAGACCCAUCAAUGAAGGUCUCGAUGGAGCACGAGAUUGCGGAUGUAGGUGUACCGGUUGUGCAGAGGACAAAAAAUACGCCAUUGUUGGAUCCAACACCAGCACGAUCUCUAACCUUACCUCUGUUCCCAUCACCCGCUCGAUCAGGCAGUGACCCUCUAACUCAGCCCACACCAGAUUCAGUGCAGUCUUCGCAGCACUCGACGCGGUCCCAGACAUUUCCUCCACUAAUUUCCGCAGGGUUAUCCACUGAACUAGGCAGCCAAAUCAUCCUGACUCCAUUCACGACCGACUCUAGCAAACCGUUCUUUGAGAACGACUCAGUGUAUGCGGAGGAUAUGCCCAAGGUUGCACCUAACUCUGCCGAUGUAUCUUCGGUUCCAUCCAAUGAGAUGCGGUCGAGGUUUCAUGCUGGCAUGUUCAUUCCGAACAGAGGAGAAGAUUCGUCUCUGGAACCUUACAAGCGACCUGCAAGGUACAAAGCUGCUUGGUCUUUGCUCGAUGGCAUUUGGAGAGGGACGUGCAAUUUCGUCGUGCAGCACUGGAUCCUGACCAUAGUGGUCUCAAUCUUGGCCAUUGUGGGCAUCGGCGUUGGCGUGGGUUGGGCUGCGCGGUUGCAGACCUUCAACGCUGAGGAUGGAGAGAGCGUGCCUCCAGACAACGCCAUUAUCCUGUCAGCGAAUUUAGUCGAUGUCGACCCGACUAGUCAGACUAUGACAUUGGACUGGUUUGUGAACUACACCUGUGACUUCUCGCAUUGCCAGGAUGUGAAUAUAUUCUUCGAUCAGAAUUCCAUGCAGUCAAACUCUAAUUCCGGUUCAGUUGCAAGUAACUCAAAGCCAUCGCCCUUGUUCUUGUUGAACGGGACCAACUUCGUGAACUUGUGGAAUUCUGUCGACUUUCGUCCCAGCUCUCUCGUGUUCAGGACCGACUUGUCCAUCUCGAGCUAUGGCACAGGUCGCACUGAACAGUCUUACCCGUUUGACAAAUACCUCGCUCAAAUCUCUAUAUUCGCAGAAGCAUUGCCAGGAAAUGAAACAGUGAAUGUCACCGUUUAUCAAACACAGGGAAUUGCUGUCGGAUUUAACGCUCAACUGCUGGACUCAGGGAAAAUCGAUGAGUUUGGAACACUCUACAAGUUCAUCGAAGUGACGCGGGGCCAGGUCGUUCGAAUUUAUACCAUCUUCAUCGUAAUGGCCAUAUGGCUUGUUACCUUGACGUUUAUAGGAGCCUGCGCCACGUCCGUCUUCUAUGGGAAAGGCAUGUCCGCCGCUGUCCUCGUUCUUCCAGUCGCCACUCUGUUUGCAUUCACCCAGCUUCGUGGCACAUUACCAGGGGCUCCAGCCGGCUUUGGUGCCGACAUCGACUUUGUCGGUAUCCUGCCGUGCUUGGCACUCCUAACAUUCUGUUCCGUAUUCAUGACCGCUGUCUUCCUUUUCCGCAAUCCGGAAGUGGAUUCAGCUCGUUGGCAGUCCGCCCGAUCUGUCUAA